ACAGGAGGGUUGAUUGGUCAGAACAAGCUUGAAAGGAGUAAUAUGGGUGGUGAAAGGUCUGCUGCAAUUUUGGUUAUGGUUAUGGCUUUGCUCAUAAUAACUACAGCUCAGGUUGAACCAGCUUGGGAUUAUGCUAAUGCCACGUUCUACGGUGAUAUGAGUGGCGCUCAAACCAUGAAGGGAGCUUGUGGCUAUGGAGAUCUAUUUAAACAAGGAUAUGGACUUGAAACCACAGCCUUGAGCACAGUUCUUUUCCAAGAUGGCAAAACCUGUGGAGCCUGCUUCAAAAUCAUGUGUCAUAACUCUACACAAUGGUGCCUAAACAAUAGCAUCCAUGUAACUGCUACAAACUUUUGUCCUCCCAAUUACACCAAAAGCACUGACAUCUGGUGUAAUCCACCAAGGAAACACUUUGAUCUGUCACAGCCCAUGUUCAGAAAGAUUGCCCUUUACCAGGCAGGCGUUGUACACGUCAUAUAUCGACGGGUAGCUUGCAUUAAAACUGGAGGCAUUAAGUUUGAUUUUAAGGGAAAUCAAAAUUGGAUACUUGUCUUGGUGUAUAAUGUGGGAGGAGCUGGUGAUGUUGUAGAUGUGAAGAUUAAAGGUUCAAACACUGAUUGGAUACAAAUGUCCAGAAACUGGGGCCAAAACUGGCAGACAACAAGCAACUUGAUGGGGCAAAGCUUGUCAUUCCAAGUGACUACUAGUGAUGGUAAAAUGGUAGAGUCUGAUAAUGUUGCCCCAGCAAAUUGGCAAUUUGGAGAGACUUAUGAAGGUGAACAAUUUCAAACAGAGGAAACCUAAAGCUCUAAUUAUGCAUGCUACUGUCUAUAAUAACUCUAAAUGGGCUUUAGGCUUUAACUUUGAAGCCUUUAUGUACUUAUAAAACCAUCUUAACA